CGUCCUGGUGACGUCAUGUUCUGGUGACGUGUCGGUUUGUUUACACCGCCGCUAACAUGGCCGCGGACAUAACUCUGCUGUUUAAAGCCAGCGUCAAGACCGUCAAGACCAGGAACAAGGCGAUAGGCAUUGGCUUGGAUUCGGCGAAGGAUGAGAUGUUCAAGAGGAGCCGGGCCAAGGGUGGCUUUUCUCCGAAGGCCAAAGAAGUGAUCACGAACAUCACCAAGCUCAAAGACUUUUUGCUGCAACACAGGAAGGAUUAUGUGAGUUCAGGAAGUCUCAUCUCAUCAGACCUCUCCCGCAUGACAGACAGUGAACGCGAUCAAAUCGACCAGGAUGCCCAGAUCUUCAUGAGAACAUGUUCCGAGGCUAUCAAGCAGCUACGCACUGAAGCUGAGAAGCAGGUGACAUCAGCCCAAACUAAAGAGCACAGGCGUGCUGUCUUGGACCUCGUUGACAUGUAUUUGAAAGGAGUUUGUAAGCUGUACUCGGAGCAGAGGGCCAUACGAGUCAAGAGAAUGGUGGACAAGAAGAGACUGUCCCGGCUGGGAUCUGAGCAGCAGAGUCGCGUGGAGAAAAGAGUAGAUGAGGAGCCUGCCAAGGAAAAGAGUGUAAAGGAGGAGAGUGCUGACAAGAAUGCUUCAGAGGUGCUGGACCCGAGCAUCAACCUGUGGGAAGAGAGCAAAGUGGAGGACGAGCUUUCUCCUGAGGAGAUUCAAAUGUUUGAGCAGGAAAACCAGAGGCUGGUGAGUGAGAUGAACAGCCUGGUGGAUGAAGUCAGACAAAUCGAGGGGAAGGUGGUGGAAAUCUCUCGACUGCAGGAGAUCUUUUCCGAGAAAGUCCUCCAACAAGAGACGGAGAUAGACAACAUUCACCAGCUGGUGGUGGGUGCCACAGAGAACGUGAAGGAAGGCAAUGAGGAUAUACGGGAGGCCAUCAAGAACAACGCUGGCUUCCGUGUGUGGAUCCUUUUCUUCCUGGUCAUGUGCUCCUUCUCGCUGCUCUUCCUGGACUGGUACGACAGCUAGCAGGACAAGAUGAUGCCACCGAGUACUUGUGUCACCUUGGACUAUAGAGACUGGUAACAGAGACCACUUCCUCAUCAUCUGUAGAGGGGAACUGCACUUUUUUUUAAUUUUUUUGGAACCUUUCACAAUCAUUACGAGGGACAAGAAGACAAAAGGUUGGUUUUUCUUUUGCAUUCUAACAUGUAAAGUGAAGUGAUUUCUAUUUGUAUAGCGCUUUUCUCUAGGGCUUUAAAGCGCUUUACAUAGUGAAACGUAUUAUCUGGGUUACAUUUAAAGCAGUGUGGGUGGCACUGGGAGUAUCUUGCCCAAGGACACAAUGGCAGUGACUAGGAUGGAACCUGGAACCCCAAACAAAUGUGUCUCGAUCUUGGAGGCUAGCAAUGUAGCUAAUGGGAGCAAUCAAUUCUACCUUUAAAUCACUUUAAAUAUACAUUCAUAAACUGUCAACAAUACUUAAUUUAAGUUGUGUAACCAGUAUAAUAACAAACUGUAGCAACAUUGUUAUUGUAAGAGCAAACACCGAGGAAGACUUUCUAGCGUACUAACACAUCGGCGUGCUACGGUAUUCGCUGUAAAAUGGAGCUAUGGCAAGAAAAAAGAUAGCAACUGCACCAACACAAAACGCGUGAGUUUGUAAUCAAUCAGUCAAUGUUUACUUAUAUAGCCCUAAAUCAAGAGUGUCUCAAAUAGCUGCACAAGCCACAACACAAUGUGAUAAGACACAAAUCUGUACUGACUGAAAACCAAUCUUAUUACAGUAUCUGUAAAGUAUUAUUACAUGUUUUGUUUGUACACAGCUAGCCAGACAGUGUAUAUACUGUAGUUCUACUAACACGCAUAACAUGCUGCGAGUAACAUGAUCAACAUUAAAGUGUGACUCACUCGAUGGACUGUUGUCUGUUAGGUCAAGAUGGCCAGGGACAUUUCUUUCCGGUUUAUUUGGGUAAGCACUCCGUUUAUGUUGACAGAGCUUGACUUCAAAUUCCACAUUUUGCAGCUUCGAGUCACUUUAACCUCACUCUCUCGGCUCCAACGUCUCACUCUUCCUUCAUGCUGGCUUCUAUAAGCAGCAUUUCAUCCUCAGUAUAUUCAGCUUAAAAAAAAAAUUAAAAAGUUGAAUCCUCAGUUCUCCAAAAUUAGUCGUCUUCGUUGUUUCUUACCCUUUCUACCAUGAAUUGAUUUACGUGGACCCCGACUUAAACAAGUCGAAAAACUUAUUGGGGUGUUACUAUUUAGUGGUGAAUUUGUACGGAAUAUGUACUGUACUGUGCAAUCUACUAAUAAAAGUUUCAAUCAAUCAAUCAAUUCUGCCAUGAUUAGAAGACACACAGACACAUUUGUUGCCGGAAGUAGGAAGUGCGUUGCUAUGCAAAAAGGAAGAAAUGUGCUGAGGAAUUAGUUCCGGCGAUGAUUAAAAUGACCAAAAUAGGGUAAAUAUCGUACAUAUUCCAUAUUGUCAUGAAGGUGUCUGUAUUACAUUAUCGUGGAGGGGGCGUGGCCUGCAGCGAAAAGGGGUGCGCCAGGUCCCGCGAAGCCACGCCCCCUCCACAAUUUUGUAUAUAUAUAUAUAUAUAUGUGUAUACUUGCAGUGUGUAUAUAAAACAUUGAUGGAGUUGUUUAGAGGCUUUGAAGCCACAUCUUGCAAGCGUUUUUCAUCUUUUAAAAAAUAAAAUAAAAAGAUUGAUUGAUUGAUUGAUUGAUUGAAACUUGUAUUAGUAGAUUGCACAGUACAGUACAUAUUCCGUACAAUUGACCACUAAAUGAUAACACCCGGAUAAGUUUUUCAACUUGUUUAAGUCGGGGUCCACGUAAAUCAAUUCAUGGUAGAAAUAUAUACUAUCAGUAUAAUGCAGUCAUCACAGAAGUUAAUCAUUAGAGUAUAUACUAGGGAUGCACCGAAAUGAAAAUUUGUGGCCGAAGCCGAAUAAAAUUUAAACGCUUGGCCGAAUACCGAAUAAUGAAUGCAGUUGUUCACAAUUUUUUUUAUAUUGCAUAAAUAGCCUAGAAUAAAUAUUUAGACAUGUUUUUCAAAUAAAGUAUUUUUUUAUUGAAUAUUGACAUUUUUUUAAUAUUCCAGUAGCCUUUGCUUUUCAAAAAAAGCACAAAGUUUUUCAUUUAUAUUAGGCCUUCAAACAAAACAUGCUUUCCAAAAAAAAUAAAGUGCAUUAAAGUGGAUAAACCAACAACAAAUAAAUUAUUGUCCUUUUGGCAAAAGUCUGCUUAGCCACAGUAGAUAUGCUAAUAAUGUAAACAGAAGGCUCAAGUAAAUCUCAAUUAAGUGUGUGCUUGUAACCUCAUACACUUAUACAGGUAGCCUACACAACAGGCUAAUAAUGUAAACAGAAGACCCACUAAAUCUCAAUAAGUGUGUGCUUGUAACCUCAUACACUUAUACAGGUACACAACAUAUUCCAACGUCACUGCACGUUGGUUGAUUGCGUCACCGCGUCAAAAAAUUGCGUCACACGCCACUAUUCGGCCUUGUUUUUAACUCAUUCCACCGAAGGCCGAAUGUGGCUUUUUUUGCCAUAUUCGGCCGAAUAUAUUCGGUUACCGAUUAAUCGGUGCAUCCCUAGUAUAUACAUUGAAUUAUUUACAAUCCCAGACACGUGUCUUCUUGUCUUUCAUAAUAAUUGUGGACGAUGAGCAAAAUCCUAAACAAACAAAGUGUAGUUCCCUUCAACAUUUGAGCACAAUGUCCACUUUAACCGAGCGACGGUCUUUGCUGGCGGUCCCACCAAAAAGAUUGAACUCCUGCCCAACGCCUGACUGAAAAACGGUCUUUUUUAACAACAGUGUAAAAGCACUUGAAGGUUGCACGCAGACCUGCUGUCACAUAACAACAAUGUGUCCAUAAAUCACACUUUGAGAAUGUUUUUGCCUUCGGCAGCAGGACAGAUGACCAUUAAACCAGCUCAUCUCUCACUUCCUGCUCGCUUCCGCCGUCUUUCCCGGCUUCAGGCUAUGAUUUGAUAACGGAUGAUGAAUGAAAUCUCUGUCAGGAUUGUAGAUGAAAUGAUUAGCAGCAGAAAGCGGCGGUCUGUUCUGCUUAGUAUGUGCUGAAUGAGACCAUUUCAACAGAUUAUUGUCUCAAAGUGCAGCCUGGGAGACAUUUUUAGCCUGCAGCUUGUAUUUGUAUUGGCCCUCGUCAUAUUAUGAAAUAAAAUACAUGAAUUAUCAA